GAAUAAACAAUGCAUAGUUUGAUACAACAACUAUUCACGGUGUUUGCUUAUUGCCUUUCGCCUCGACAUUUUCAAGUGUCUGGAUACUUGUCAGAAUUUUGUCCGUUUUCUACAUUUUUCGUAUACAUUUGAUUGUUGGAUUAUAUUCUAUACUCAAAUUGAUUGAAAUAAGCAAUUACAAAAAAACUUAUUUGUAAACAUUUAUAUACAUUUACUCUGCGUGCUUACAAAAUCAACAUAAAAUUAACAUAGAUAAAUGAAAAUAGAAAUUUUAUGUGAUUGUAUCAAUGAUAUAACUAGCAAGCAGGAGAGGACAAGAAUAUAAGCUUAUGAAAACUCUUCAUCUUCUGGAUUACUGACCGGUCACAUAAUUUUAAUGAUCAGACAGUAAACACAGUCACAACACAACUAUCAUGGUUGGAAAUGGAACAGGGCAAACCCUCGAAGAUGCAUAUAUACAAUGGUUGAAUGAUCAUUUAACCAAAGCCACACCACCAUUGCUUAUAUGUGAUUUAACUGAAGAGAAUAUCUGUAAUGGUGUUGCGAUUGGAUUACUUUUAGGCGUUAUUGGUGGAAUCAAAAUUGAUGGUCUACUCUUACAGCCGAUUACUAUUGUUGAACGAUUACAUAAUAUUCAUGAAGUUUUCAGUGUGUUAAGACAGCUGAAUGUAAAGCUUAAUAAUAUUCAACCAGAAGAAAUAAUGGGUGGUGAUAAAGAUACAGUACUUCAGUUGCUUAUCGCUAUUAAUGACCAUUUUACACCGAAAGCGAAAAGUCGUAAACACUUUCUUAAUCAUGAAAUUGAUUAUAAAAUUGAUUCAAGUGGGCGUACAUCAGUAUGGAGUGCGUUAAAUGAUUCAACAGCCUGUACUACACCAAUCAGUCGAUCACAGUUCAUCACUACUACUGCUACUACGACGACGACGACAACCAAUACUCCUAUGACUACUGCGACUACAAAUGGUCAUAAUCAGAAUGGAAUAAUCAUGAGUUAUCAGUCACAAAAGAAUUUACUGCAUUCAACAAAUGGUAUCAACACUCUACACACCAGUGAUACACACUGGUCAGAUUCAAAUUAUAAUCUUGCCGAUACGCAUAAGACAUCUUCUUAUCAGUCGUUGGUUGUAACACCAACACCAUCAGAAAUGUCUGAAUCAAUAAAUCCCAGGGCGCGGUGUACAGUGUACAGGACGAAAUCAGAUCCAUUAUCGCCUAGAUCUUCAUUGGUGAAGAGGGAAUCGUCUAUUUCAACAGCACCAAUCAAUAUAAGAUCAGCUCUUCCACGUGGUUAUUAUCCUUCGAGUACAUCCUCACUACCACGCAAUACUAAAUCAAGUUAUCAUGAUCAAAAUACAAGAACUAGGCGAUCCAGUAUUAAUCCUGUAGAUGUUCCACAACUUUUUGAUUCAAUGAAUGAAAUACAACAUUUAAGAUCACAGUUGAAUACGCUAUCAAAACUUAUCGAAUCAGAUGGUUCUAAUGUGAAUCGAACGCCUUCAGCAGUCCGCACAACAGCAUCAAAGAGUACACAAACGGAAUUUGGAUAUCUACUUGAUCGUCAUUCGAAAAAAUCCUCUGCUGAAAUUACCGAAUUAAAAGGCAUCAUUAAGAUAAAAGAAGAAACUAUUAAACUAUUAGAGGAAGAGAAUGCACGACUGAGUGAUUCAUUGAAAUCAAUUCUUCAUAAUAUGAAUAAACCGAAUAAUCUAGACAAAAAUACUAUGUCUAAUAAUCUGAGCAGAACUAACCAAAAUCAAUUGGAUACAUUUGAGCAUAAAAUAAACCGAUCACUGACAAAUGGUCAACCAAAGCUAUAUGACUCUUCUCGUCAGCAACAUCAACAUCAACACCAACAGCAUCAACAUCAUCACGAACUGCAGCAGCAGCAGCAACAACAACAACAACAACAACAAUUCCGCCAAAAUCAGCAAAGAUAUCAACAACCACAUCGUCAAACACCACAUACACCUGUUAAUCAAUCUCCUCCGGUGACAAUAUCACCAUUACAGAAAUGUUAUAUGAUGCGAUCGCACCACCAUACCAGUGAGAGUUCACCGAAUACAAAUACCAAUCCUAGUCCUUAUGGACUUGAUAUUUCCAGUAGUUCACCGCCAUUUACAUCAUCACCGAUAAAUAGACAAAGUAGUCCUGAGAAAUAUAGUAGUAUUAGUAGUAGUAUUAAUAAUAUUAAACGUCAACUCUCUCCAACUGGUAAACGUUUCCCAUAUUAUCAACCCUAUAUACAUUCAUUAAUGCAUCCGAAUCAAACGUCAAAAUAUGAUAAGAAUAAAAGUUCUAAUGAUUUGAAAGGAAUAUCUUAUAGCCUGACACCAGCUCAAUCGCAGAUUGUAAAAAGUCCAACACAAAGACUACUAAUGCAAAGUUUGCCCACUGGCAGUUAUUAAUCGGAGAAAUAUUAUCUUAGCAUCAAUACUCUGAUGGUGACAACGCUGACCACUUUUCACAUGCCAGUAAUCAAUGCAUAAAUAUGUUCUGCCCAAUACAUAAGAUAGCGACAUUUGAAAGAGUAACAAUUAAAUAAACGUGCAAGCAAGCAAACAAGUAAACCCUGUCAGUAGCUAACAAAGCGAAGUUUUAUUUCGAAGAAAGUUUUCAAAAAUCAAUUGAUCAAAUCAAAUAGCCUUCUUUUCCCGUAUUUCAAUCAAUUUAAUUUAACAAAAAGUAGCUUUUGUUCUCUUUAGUCCAAUACCUCUUGAACAACAAGUUCUUCUGCUUCUAUUACUCUUUUGACUACUUAUAAGAAUAAUAGUAGUGUAGUUUUAAUACCGUCAAUUUUUGUUUUCACACUUGAUGACAUCAAGUAAUCAACUCUAUUACCUCUCAGUGGUUUGAUGACAGCUGAAAGUGUGUGUGUUUGUAUGCUGAGCUUGUCAUCUGUUCAGCAACAAAAAUACUAUUUCGAAAUUUUUUUUCUCUUUUCUCAACCAUUUUUAAAAGGUUGGGAGCAGUAAUCUGUGAUAACACAAAAACCAAAAAUAAAAGUAUGUACAAACAUUUUUGAAAAUAAGCAAACAAACAAAACACAACUAUUUCGACUUUUCUAACAGUGCAGUAAUUUCAUUUUUCAACAUUAUCAUUGUUGUUAUCAGUAAGCUGGUGUUUAUAUAUACUACUCAUAUAAUUAUGAGUAGUUAUUACUGGUAUUAAGGGAAAAGAGGGGAAACAUUAUCCCCGCAACCUCCGAUGCCAUCAGCCUUUUAUGUUACGCCAUUCUUUGCUUUAUUUUUCACGCAUCCAUCACUUAACCCCCAACUGGUCACCUUCCUUUCUUGUUAACGCUUCCUGAUCAUAUUCAGGUCAAGUUGCCCUGACAUUUUGUUUUUAUACAAGUUGUCUGCGUCUUUUUAGACUAUUUUUCGAUAGUGAUAAAAUGAUGUUGUUACUGGGCUGUGUAGCCUACAGUGUAAAUUUUUUAUUAUCGUCGUUAUUAUUGCUGUUAUUAUUACUAUUCCUCUAAACAGUAUCCGUAUGAAUGAAGUACCAUCAACCUCUGCAAUCCCUAGUGUUUUUAAGUAAAAGCGCCUUUAUAUCGGUUGUCUUUUUUUUGUUAAAAAAUGAAACAUUUUAAAUUGAAAAUUAAAAAGUAAAAGAAGUUUUUUGCUAUGAAAGUCGUUUUCAUCCGUGUGUGUGUGU